AUGGCGGACAGACCAGAGGAAAAAUCAGGAAAAGCCUCGAAGGUGUGGAAUGCCUGUAAUGGGUUUGCGGCCAACCGGAGAGACAUAGGUCGGUGGAUGGACUCGGUGCUUGUUCCUAUCACCAUGCACGCCGAGUCUAACUCCAAUAUGGCAGCUGUCCGCCAGCCAGAUGGAAGCGCAGUUGCCAACGGGCACAGGGAGUCAGAGGAAGCUGCUGCAACGAAUUCUAACAGAGAAAAUAGACAUCUACAUUUUGACGUCACACAUCGGGUUCAUGAUCAGAGCCAGCUCCACGCACGCACUCGACGUGGUGGUGCGAACCAAGAAAAUUCGGCUCUGAGCCGGGAAGAAAGACGUCGACGACGUCGAGCCACGCAGAAAUACCGAACUGCGCAUGCCACAAGAGAAAGGGUUCGCGUAGAAGCCUUCAAUGUUGCCUUUACAGAGCUGAGAAAACUGUUACCUACUCUCCCACCCGACAAAAAACUGUCCAAAAUUGAAAUUCUUCGCCUGGCGAUUUGUUACAUAUCUUAUCUUAAUCACGUGUUGGACUUAACUUAA